AUGCAUAGACAUGGGAUGAGGGAUUGGAUUCUCCUGUGUGCGGUGAUUGGGUCCGCGUGGGUGAAGUGGUGUGUUGGGCUGGGGUCAUAUUCAGGUCAGUACACGCCGCCUAUGUUCGGUGAUUAUGAAGCACAGCGACACUGGAUGGAAAUUACCGUCCAUCUGCCCAUCCGACAGUGGUACACUUAUGAUCUGCAGUACUGGGGGCUCGAUUACCCACCAGUGACUGCAUACGUAUCAUGGAUAUGUGGUUUCAUCGGAUCCCUGAUCAAUCCUACGUGGUUUGUUCUCGACAAGUCGAGAGGGAUCGAAUCCGAAGGUAGCAAAGUAUUUAUGCGCGCCACGGUCCUGAUGCUUGACCAUAUCGUCUAUGUCCCCGCAUUGUGGAUGUUCACGCGCGUCUGGCAUGCUGGCCGUUCUCGGAGGACGCAGAAUCUAGCUUUUCUUACACUCCUUUUGCAACCAGCUCUAUUGCUCGUAGAUUUCGGACAUUUUCAGUACAACUCAGUCAUGCUCGGAUUUACCCUGUUGGCUGUCAACUUCUUCAUUGCGGGACAAGAUCUGCUAGGAGCCUUCUUCUUUGUACUCAGCCUGUGCUUCAAACAAAUGGCUCUUUAUUAUGCACCCGCCGUAGGCUCAUACCUCAUCGGAAAAUGCCUUUAUUUAGGCCCUAAAGACGGGCUGCAGCUGUUUAUACGGCUUGCCAUCGUCACAUCAAUCUCCUUUCUUAUUCUCUUUCUGCCAUUCCUGCCACCCUUUGCACCGAUUUCUACCAUCCUUGACCCGAUCACGCGGAUAUUCCCGUUCGACCGCGGUAUUUUCGAGGAUAAAGUAGCGAAUUUCUGGUGUGCGUCGAACGUGGUCAUCAAGUGGAAGUUCUGGGCUUCACGCAACACGCUCGUGCGCAUCUCUACCCUGUUGACCGCCGUUGGGUUUGUCCCCGCCGCUGUUGCUCCCGUUCGAGCAUGGUUGCGGCUUCGCGGAGAAGAGCCGGCCGAAGGCGAGGCAAAGGGAAACAAAACGGUGCCCGCGCCGCAGGUCAUCCAUCCUGUGUUGCUUCACGCGCUGCUGAGCAGUGCAAUGUCAUUCUUCUUGUUUUCCUUCCAAGUACAUGAGAAGACAAUCUUACUUCCCUUGAUGCCACUCAGUCUACUUCUCUCGGGGGCAGCGCAAGGUUCCACGGCGUUCAAGAUGGGAGCGUUGGUCAACAACGUGGCCGUGUUCAGUAUGUGGCCUUUAUUAAGCAGGGACGGACAAGCCGUGCAAUACAUCGCGCUGCUGUUGCUCUGGAACCGUUUCAUCGGUCACAACCCAUUUCGAAUCCGGAAGGCAGAGCUUUUAGAUCUUUUUACCCUCGGCGUGUACGCGGCAUGUUUUGCUCUGCAUAUCCUUGAAUUUGUGUUCUUGCCUCCCGCGCGGUAUCCCGAUCUGUUCCCCGUGCUCAAUGUGCUCAUCAGCACACCGAUCUUCGUUCUCACCUGGCUAUGGAGCAUGAAGUCCCUGAUCGAAGCGCGCUGGACGGUCGGCGGACUCGGACUCGGUACUAGAAGCCGGCGCCCUUCGAUGAGCGACAAGGGCCACAGCGAUGUCCAAACGCCAGCCACAGAGGACGGGAUAGCCCCCAUGAUCUCUCGGGGAAUCGGCCGUGAGUUCGGGCUGAGAGCCCAGAGCCUAGGGUACAGAUCUGGGAAGCGGAGAGCGCCGGUGUCGAGAGCGGCUAGUGUGGGCUUUGCGGAUUAGGUAGUGUACGAUAAGACUUGACGGACUGUGUAUAAUCUGUCUCUGUGAUUGAAGCGCUAGGACUUCCUGCUUGCAACCUCUGCGCUAACAAGCAACGAUUCAUCUGGAAAGAAUGGUAUACAUAAAGAAUAGAUUCCAAGUCCGUC